AUGAGCAUCUUGUUCUCCGCAUCAUGGCGACCAUUUGGCCAUAAUCUGGCGGGCCAGCAAUGGUCUCGUGCGAGUCUGCGGGAAUUCAAGGCGACCUGCUCACCUCUCCACUCAGUGCAAUCUUCACUGCUGCGAUGGAGGCACUCCCCCAGGAACAAUGCAGAGAGCCACCUCAUCCUAUUAUGGCCUACAAGUCGUACUGCAUUUGAGAACCAUUGGUUCAGGGCUCUUCGACCUUCCCAUACUGCAGCUGCAACCCAAAUUGAAACUUCCCAACAUGCUACCUCAGUGUUGCCAAAGCCGGACGUGAAGACUGCCUUCGCGCUACCAGCAAGAAGAGUAAAUUCAAUAUUUAGGGGAUCUUUGCCUGCGGGAGACGGCAAUGGAUUGCUCGCAAAGCUACAAAUUCACCGCCAAAAGGGUACAUUAGAUGCGAAAUUUGAUGCCUCAGAAGAGGCCAUUGAAGCAGGCUUGAGAUACUUGCGAAGCCGGUAUCCUAUGGACGAGGAUGCAGCAGUGCUUGCUCGGGUAGAUCAAGAGCUGGAGAAUGAAAUACGUUUACCUCAAGAAAAGCCCGAGCUAAGCCCGUACGCUGAAUCCAAUCUUGUAAAGAUACGGCAGGAAAACAAAGCUCGACACGAGCGUGAAGCGGCUUUGGAAGUAGCACAGGCUAAGCGGCUUGAAGACACAGACAAGAAGAGACGUCAAUUGGUCGCCGUAGCGUCAGCAGAUCGAUCAGUCACAGAUCCUAAGACAAAAGAGUCAACAGGUUUGCGCCCCUUAGAAGAGCCGAAUCGCAAGGAAGCGGAGUGGGUGACUCGCUACAGGGAGGAGGCAGAACAGACGGAGAUCCCUGACAUCUCGACCUUCAGACGGCUUUGGCCUUCUGGCGUCUUCACUGUCGCAGCUGUCACCCUCUCGUAUCUAUUCGCACAGAAUUACACGCCGCCAGAAAAGGCCGCACGCAUAUUCUCCGAAAGCCCGCCGGCUGCAGUUACCAUGUAUGCGAUCUUGGCCGCUAAUGUAUUGGUCUAUGCUGCUUGGAAGACACCUCAACUAUGGGUCGCCCUGUCGAAGUUCUUCAUUAUUGUGCCCCUAAGACCUAAAGCGCCCUCGAUGAUACUGGCCGCAUUCAGUCAUCAGGAUUUCAUUCAUUUGGCGCAGAAUAUGUUCUUUAUGUGGUUCAUUGGCGUGCGAUGUAAGUUUUGA